AUGAAGCUGCAAUUGGUAUCUUACUCGAAGGAAGAGCUUAUUUACCUCAUAUACAAGACUGCCGAGAAGGGUUCUCGACUGAUGUCGGCCAUCCUUGAGUCGGCGGAACGUGACAUCUCUGAGCGCAAUAUAUUUGUGCGUGGUUUUGGAUGGGACACAACGCAGGAGUACCUCAAGGCAGCUUUUGAGUCUUACGGGGAGAUAGAGGAGUGCUCGGUGAUCAUGGACAAGGACACAGGAAGAUCAAAAGGGUACGGUUUUGUGCUAUUCAAGACAAGGAAGGAAGGGCGCAAGAGAGGCACUGAAAAAUCCGGAGAAAAGAAUAUACAACCGCAUCGUGUGAAAUUUGCACUAACUCAGAUACCUAAUCCGAGUGAUGUUGCCUUGCCGGGGAUUGAGCUGGCCCAAAGACAGAGAUUCGAGCAGAGGCAGCAGCAACCGACUAUGGAGAUGUUUGGACAUAACAUGCCUUUUUUCGGACACUCUCAACCUCCAGGUUUCGACCCUAUGUAUGGUGCAUCAUUAAGGGGUAAUCAAAUGGUUGCUGGUCUACCGAACUAUGGUAUGUUUGGCUCGGGUCUGAUGAACCAGGAAUCCGUGGCCCCAUCGAAUCACGUGGGCAUGGCAAGGCAAUAUUUUGGUGAUCCGGAACGUACUUAUUGGUAUCAGAGGUAG